UUUCAGACCAGCUCUGAUUUCCUCAAGCACCAGCGCACACACACAGAGGAGAGGCCCUUGCGGUGCCCUGACUGUGGGCAGGGCUUCAGUCACAACUCCAGUCUCGUCAGGCACCGAUGCAUCCACACUGGGGAGAGACCCCACGAGUGUGAGGAAUAUGGGAAGAGCUUCAGCCGGAGCUCGCACUUGAUCAGGCACCAGAGGACCCACACUGGGGAACGGCCCUACGAAUGUGGGGAGUGUGGGAAGAGCUUCAGGGACAGCUCCAACCUCGUCCAGCACCGGCACAUCCACACUGGGGAACGGCCCUAUGAAUGUGGGGAAUGUGGGAAGAGCUUCAGCCAGAGCUCCCACAUGAUCCACCACCAAAACAUCCACACUGGGGAACAGCCCUACGAGUGUGAUAAAUGCAGGAAGCGGUUUCAGACCAGCUCCCAUCUCCUCCGGCACUAUCGGAUUCACUCAGAGGAGAGGCCCUUCCAAUGUCCUGACUGCGGGAAGGGAUUCAAGCACAACUGCACCCUUAUCAGACACCGCCAGCACCAGAGGACCCACACUGGGGAACGGCCGUAUGAGUGUGGGGAGUGUGGGAAGAGCUUCAGCCGGACCUGCAGCCUGACAAAGCACCAGAGGACCCACACUGGGGAACGGCCCUAUGAGUGUGGGGAGUGUGGGAAGAGUUUCAGCCAGAGCUCCAGUCUGAUCAACCACCAGAGGACCCACACUGGGGAGAAACCUUAUGAGUGCUCCAAGUGUAGGAAGCGGUUUCCGGCCAGCUCCGGUCUCAUCCGGCACUAUCAGACUCACACAGAGGAGAGGCCCUUCCACUGCCCCGACUGUGGGAAGGGAUUCAGGGACAACUCCUCCCUUGUCAAGCACCGGCGCAUCCACACUGGGGAACGGCCCUACGAGUGUGAUAAAUGCAGGAAGAGGUUUCUGAGCAGCUCCCAUCUCCUCCAGCACUAUCGGAUUCACAGAGAGGAGAGGCCCUUCCAAUGCCCCGAGUGUGGGAAGGGAUUCAAGAACAACUCCAACCUCGUCACCCACCGGCGCGUCCACACCAGGGAGAGGCCCUACAAGUGUCCCCAGUGUGGGAAGAGCUUCUCUUGCAGCUCUCACUUGACCCAACACCAACGGAGCCACCACUAAGGGAAGCCCUGUGAGUGCCCCGAGUGUGGGAAGAGCCUCGUGCGCUGCUUCAGCUCCAUCCCCCACUGGAGGAGGCACUUUGGGCACAGCCCUGGUGUCCUGGUUCAGAGGAAAUUUGGGAGAGAAUCCCCAAAGGGGGGUCCUCUAGGAUAGCAGAUUCAGUUGGCCCCUCCCCCCAACUGGGCCGGGAGCAAAAUACGUCCUUGGAGAAAAGUGGAAAUAAAAUGUUUAUUAAACAAUAAAACUUAAAUAAUAUUAAACAAUAAAACCCCUUGCCCCUCCAAAAGAACUGACAAACUGAGCAAGUCCCCUUCCCAGUUUGCAGCUCAACUCACUCAGUCUCUGAUCAGUCCCUCCGGUGCUGGAAAUGCCACAGGCCAGGCCCAGCCCGGUGGGCCACAGGUGCAACUGCCGGUGCUUCCCUGGGUGUUCAGUCCCGAGCAGGUUUAAAGAGGUCCAAAGAAAAGGGGAAAAGAAAAGAAAAAAACCCCACAGUCGAACUUCUUUGCCUUCUUUGCCUCAGGUAGCUAAAACUGACAGCAAAGGAGAGCUCUGUCCUGCUGUCUGUCCAUCCACAGACAACACAGCCCAGGAGUAGGAAUGUUGAGGAGUGAGUGCAGUGUCUGAAAACAAACUGCACACUUCUUCUCUCCUCCCUUCACUCUCUGCAACAAGUCUUAAAGGUGCAAAACUUAUUAUUCAGCAUAAACAGAACAAGACGAUUGGGGAUAAAAGCAUCAUGUAGUCAACCCAGGACAUUCCAACCCUUAUCCCCAUAUUGUCAGCUUACUACUGCAAUAUAAAUUCCAACUCCACAAACACAUACAUUAUACAUCCAAAAUACAGCUAUACACAGACAAUGGUAAUAACAUUCCGUUAACAGUGAUAUUUACACAUAGGUCUCACCCAACAAUCAGAUCUCCCUGAGGUACAUAGCAUGUUCUUCCAUCUUUUUGCAUUAUCUACCAUGUGCAACCUGGUCCCUAAGAAAAACAACCCCACAAAUGGGUUUUUCUGUAUUUGAGGCAGCAUUAAUCCAAACUGUCUUCCCUAAUAAACCUCAGACAUGUACCACUAGGACUUUGUCUCCAUCUACUCUCUGCAAAGGCUCAGAUUGGGCAGGGCCCACUCGGUUAGUAGAGCCUCGGGUGUUAACUAACCAGGUGGCUUUUGCCAGAUGCUGCUCCCAGUUGGAAGGUCCUCCACCCAAAGCUUUCAGUGUGGUUUUUAACAGUCCAUUGUACCUCUCCACUUUCCCUGCA